AGGAGUUAGGCAGUGAGAAGAGCCCUUCAGAGACCUUAACAUCCAGAAACAUUGGAUGGACAGCAGGUGCAGCACCAGGACAAAAAGGCAAAGUUCCAGAGAGAAAGAGGGAGAGAUAAAGAUUUUCCAGCCACUGAUUCUCUCAAGUGACUACAGUGGUCUAGGUUGAGCAAGAUUGAAUCCAAGAUCCAGGAGCUUCAUCUGGGUUUCCCAACAACCCCAGCUCUCCAUUCUCACUGCUGGUCCCAAGAGAGAUGACACCAGCCCAAGUAGGAUUCUGCCCCCUGCUGCUGCUCCUGCUACUAGGACUGUGGCUGUCCCUUAGCACAGUCAGUGCCAAGCCCAAGAACAUGACCUCAGCUAAGUGGUUCGAAACACAGCAUGUGCAACCCCACCCUCAACCAUGUAGUUCAGCAAUGCCCCAGGUCAACUACUACAAAAGACACUGCAAAAACCUCAACACCUUCCUGCACCAGUCCUUGUCCAGUGUGAUCCCCACCUGUGACACCUGCAACAGAACCUGCAAGAAUGGCCAUGGAAACUGCCACAAGAGCCCAGAACCCGUGCCCAUGACCAUGUGUCAGCUGGUCUCAGGCUUGUACCCGAACUGCAAGUACACAGAGGAGCACCUGACAAAAUCUUACAUAGUGGCUUGCGACCCUCCCCGGCAAGGUGACCCUCAACAGUACAAGCUGGUGCCCGUGCAUCUGGAUAGGGUCCUUUAGGCUUCCAGAUCUCCUCACUCUGAGCCUUCAUUUCCUCAACUUACCUCUGCACUGCUAUUCCUACACUCAGAGUACACUCAGAGCUUUUUUUUUUUUUUUUUUUUUGCUCAUCUCCUGGGAAUAUUCCUGGUUCCGAGGUAGGAUGGGAGGACAUGGGAGCAGAGUUUGAGGUCACUGCUUAGGUCAACUGAGCUCCAGCCAGCUCAUCUUUUUGUUGUUGUUUCAGUGUUCCCAGAAGCUUCUCCCCCUUCCCCAUCCUCCAUUCCCCUAGAGGGACUGAGGCAGCUCAAGAGUGCAGGGUCCCUGGGAAUGAGGUGGGGAUGCAUUUUAUGCACCAUUCCCUUGUCCUGUCUUACCAUGGCAGCACAACAAGGGGAGGAAAGAUAUGUGUGGGCCUUAAGGACAGAACUGUUCUUGUUUCUAAACCAGAAAUCUUGUCCCGCUCUGACAUGUUGGGGAGGUAACCUGUGUGGGAAGAGGUGGACGGAACGAAGAAGGAAAACAAAGAAAUACUGCUUUGUAUUUACGUAGCACUUCAUGCUCUUUUUGAGUCCUCUAAUCCCUUGCGAGCCAGAAUUGACAGGGAUUACUGGUUUUUCCUCUGAGAAAAGGAACUGAGAUUUCAGAAAGCUCAAUAAGGAAAGAGCUUGUUCGAUUGGCCAGUAGGCAGAACUACUAACUCCACAUACAGUGCAAUUUCUACAAUACCAGUGGAGCAGGAAAGGAGACCACUGCAGGGACAAGAGAACUAGGUGAGAGUUCACCCGUAAAGAAAGGCACCCUCAGAGCUCAGUGAAGGCCAUGACCUCGCUGACCAAGAGACAUUUUAUGAGGUGUUCCAGUAUCUCCACUCCCUCCGCUCAUCUCACACCCACCCCACCUGCUUCUCCCACUUCUCCAGCCCAGUGCAAUUCUAGCCCAGGCCCAGGCCUGGCUCUGGCUUUAUCCCCUGGGCCUGAAGGCACAGGGUCAGGGGAGUGUCCCAACUUCAUCCCCCAUUCCAGGAUCACAUUUCCCUUGACCUUAAGGGACUUCCGUGGCCCUGAGCCUGCCUGUCACAAACAGGCUGGUGGGAGCUGCCUGCCAGGGCUUCCUUCCUCCUGAUAACCAUCUCCUCUCCCCCAGUGCUUCCCUGGCUCUCUGCACUGGCAGGCUGCCCAGGGCCUGAGGGGUGGGGAGGUGGAAAUGCCAUCUCCCUGUGCCCCUGCUGCAGAUGCUACUUCUGCCUCUCCGGUAAGCGAGUUUGGGGAGAUCAUGGUCACAUCUCAGUGGAGUGCUGAGCCCCUCCUCCACAGUGCCCUAUCACCAACCUUUCCCUCUUUCUUUUACCUGAGCCCCAAACCAUAAGACACCCUGCGCCCACCCGACUUCAGAUUCAGCUACACUGUCAGAUGUCUCCUCCUGUCAUGGAUUCUAUGUGUCCUUCCCCACCAACUGUGGUGUUCCUGAACUCCAUCAACAUCAGUGCACCUUCUGGAACCAAACAGAACUGGCUGCAAAUCCUGGCUCAGUCUUUCCUGGCUAAAUGACUGACCUCGGGCCUAGCGCAGUGGCCUAGUGACUAAAGUCCUUGAACGCACCAGAAUUCCAUAUGGGUGCUGGUUCUAAUCCCGGCAGC